CGUGUGACCGCCAUGGGGAGGCCGAGCAAAACUAAGAAUCAGAAGAAAGAGCGUGCAGCUGCCCAGCAUCAGGCUCAGGAGGAAUAUAGUUCUGUGCCUCACUCGUUUGUCUUUCACCGGGGUCAUGUUGGCAAAAAUCUGCAGCAGCUUAUCUUGGAUGUACGGCGUGUGAUGGAGCCCUACACAGCCACUAAUCUCAAGGUGCGAAAGAAGAACACUGUGAAGGAUUUUGUGGCAUUGGCUGGACCCUUGGGCGUGACUCAUUUCUUGGUGUUCACGAAAACCCCCACCACUAUCAACCUUAAACUUUUCCGUCUUCCUGGUGGACCAUCCCUCACCUUCAGAGUUAUUCAGUAUUCGCUCAUCAAGGAUGUUGUGUCAUCCCUGAAGCGGCACCGUAUGCAUGAGCAGCAGUUCACCCACCACCCACUCCUGAUACUGAACAACUUUGGCCUUCAAGGCAUGCACAUCAAGGUCAUGGCUACUAUGUUCCAGAACAUGUUCCCCUCCAUCAAUGUCCACAGGGUUAACCUGAAUGCCAUCAAGCGCUGUGUACUGAUCAGCUAUGACCCAGACAGCCAGACUCUUGAAUUCCGUCACUACAGUUUGAAAGUGGUGCCUGUAGGGAUGAGCAAAGGGUUAAAGAAGUUCCUGCAGGAGAAGUUUCCCAACCUGAGUCGCCUCCAGGACAUCAGUGAGCUGCUGGUCAAAGAUGUUGUCCUCUCCGAGAGUGAAGCUGAGCAGGACGGCAGUCACAACAUCACAGAACUGCCUCAGGCUUACGCAGGCCGUGGGAAUAUGAAAUCCGAACAGAGUGCGGUGCGGCUUACUGAGAUUGGCCCACGAAUGAGGCUGCAGCUCAUCAAGGUGGAAGAAGGCUUAGGCCAGGGCAAUGUGCUGUAUCACCACUUCAUUCACAAGACUGAGCAAGAGAUCCAGGAGGCUUUGGCGAGGAAAGAAAAGAAGUUACAGCUGAAGGCUGAGCGCCGGCGCAAACAGGAGGCAGAUGUGGAACGUAAGCAGGAGCAGAGAGAAGCUCACAGGAAGAAGAGCCUGGAGGGGAUAAAGAAAAAGAAGAAGCAAGCAGAGGGAAGUGACAGUGAUGCAGAGGAUCCUGGGAUGCAGGAGGACCAGAACGUGGAUGAGCCAUCAGAUGAUGAUACAGAAUAUUACCGACAGGAAGUGGGAGAAGAGCCCGACGAAGAUCUAUUCCCAAAAAGCACCAAGAGGAAACGAGGGCUUGGCCAAUCCAUCAAGCCAAGGAAAAGACCGAAACACUCCCACCCUACAGAUGAUCAGAACUCAGCCCCUGUAGGCACAGUCUCCAAGAUGAAGCACAGGAAGACUCCAUGGCCCAGGCAGGGCCGGCAGCCAAGAGACUCACCUGGUCUGAGAGAGCGGCGGCAGCAGGACACCAGGCAGCAAGGAAGAUCACCAAGUGCCAAGCGGAAGCAAGCCCAACGUCCAGGGCAGCUCCGUCCUAAACAGCGGCGUAGCUCAAGGCCUCAGGGGCCCUGGAGGCAGGGCAGGCCUGGACUGCAGAGGAAACAGAUGCCAAAGGGGAAAGGAGGCUUCAGAAAGCAGAGACGUUCAGGGAAGAAAGGGCCAGCGUAGUGCUCUGGGUCUGUGCUUCACUUGGUGCUUCGUUUUUGUAAUAUACAGGCUAUCCAAGCUGCUUGCG